AUGGAUGAUUGGGAGCGGCAUGUGACUCCCCUGCUCCAAGAUAUGGGGUGUCCGAAUGAGGAAGCCCAAGACGACUUCUUUAACCAGCAGGACUUGCUCGUGGGCAGCAGCGGGGCGGGCAAUGGCGGAGCGGCAACUUCUCCUGACGGUGGCUCAAGCUCCGCACCGCCCUUAUCCCCAGGCGGCUCCGGGGUAGUCGGGGGAGCCCUGUCUCCAGGCGCCGGAAGCCACGCCAGCACGCCCGCUGCGUCAUGCUGUGAUACGCCAAGGCCUAUCAUCACCGACCCAGUCUCAGGGCAGACAGUCUGUUCCUGUCAGUACGAUGGAGCCAGGCUGGCACUGACCUCGUACCCAAGACUGUCGAGCGCCGCUGUCGGCGUUUACGGUGCACCUUAUCCGUCAACGGAUCAGAACCCUUAUCCCAGUAUCGGCGUGGACAGCUCAGCAUUUUAUUCGCCACUGAGUAACCCGUACGCGCUCAAGGAAAGCGGGGGUGAGAUGUCUGCGUGGACCUCAGCCGGCCUCCAACCCUCCGGCGGCUACUAUCCUUACGACCCGACUCUGGCUGCGUAUGGAUAUGGUGCUGGGUACGAUUUAGCAGCCAGACGAAAGAAUGCCACUCGAGAGUCGACGGCGACGCUGAAGGCGUGGCUGAACGAGCACAAGAAGAACCCAUACCCUACUAAAGGCGAGAAAAUUAUGUUGGCGAUCAUCACGAAGAUGACUCUCACACAAGUGUCCACGUGGUUCGCGAACGCUCGCAGACGUCUCAAGAAGGAAAACAAGAUGACGUGGGAGCCGAAGAAUAAGACAGACGAGGACGAUGACACGAUGCUCUCCGACGAGGAGAAGGAGCAAGAGGACAAGAUUAAAACAAACAAAGAUGAUGAAAGGAAGGGCGACGAGUUGCUGCAGGGGAUGCACAGUCAGCUGCUCGGAUACGGAAUAAAGGAAGAGUCGAAGCGAGGUACUUCGGACUGUGGAGUACCGAUACCGGCAUCCAAGCCGAAGAUAUGGUCACUAGCGGACACGGCGGCUUGUAAAACACCGCCACCUGCUGCACAACCCUGGCCCCAACAUGGCUACGGCCCUGGGCCUGAACGAUCUGCUGCUUCUGACGGUGGUUCUAAUGGAUUCGCCCUACCUGCGACAGCGGCGGCAAGUCCAGCUAGCGGUUCUUAUGGUCGAUACGGUGGAUUUCCUGGUGCUCAGUAUGGAGGACAGCAUCCUUGCGUGCACCCAGCAGCCUUUCCUGACGUUCAAACUGACACACCACCUCAGACGCCUCCCAACAUGAAGGUUCCCAGUGUGGCUAACCCGCUUGGAAGCGGAGGAGGCUCUGGGUACUGCUUCCCGCGACACCAACAAUCACCACAGCGUGAUCCCUACCACAACCCCCACGCCAACAACCACCAGCCCAAUCAACACCACAACGAGGGUUCGGCUGCCUUCAAACCGUUUUACAAAAGGUAA